UUAGCCUUUAUAAUGCAGUACAAUGUUGUCAAGAUAUGAAGCCGACCUAUAACAAGAACUAUUUUUGUAGCUUACUUUUUAUUUCUUCUCUAACAAUUGUAGUAAUGCAAUACUAUUAUCCUGCUCGUAAGUCAUCGAAAUAUUCUUUCACUGUUUAUAAAAAUAGAAAAAUUGACGGCACUUCAAAUAUCAUUGAAACUCACUCAAAUUACGAGGAAUGUAUUAAUUCUUGUUAUAACAAAAAAGAGAAAUGCAAAUCAAUAGACGUCAAAAUUGAGGAUAAAAAUACAUUAACUUGUCGAUUUUUUGAAGAUGAUUUUCCAAAAACAAAGCAAGCUGAAGGGUUUCUUAAUAUUUUAACAAAACCGCCGAAUUGUUCUCUAAGUUGCAGUGCAACAAUGAACCCAUGUGGAAAAUGUGACUGCAAACCAUCUUGUUCUGCAAGAAAUCAACGACAACAUAUAUGUAACUGUUCAAACGCAGCAGGAGUAACAAAGAAUUGCCUGGAACAUUACAAUAAUGGUUUUAAUAAAACUGGAGUUUAUCAAAUCAGUCCUAAUGGUUCAACAUUCAUGGUUGUGUGUGAAAUGGGAAAGGUUGAACAGCGAAAUCCUAUAGUAACAAACCCGAUUUGCAAUGCAUUACCAUCAAAUUUACAGUUUUCAUUUAACAGUUCAGUAUCGUACUGUGUUGUAACAUGUGCCUCUUAUUCUUCGAUUAAUAUUAUGUUUUUUAAUAUAUACUCUGGAUGCUACUGUGGGAAUUAUUUAGGAUGGUAUUACAAUAAAAUUGAUCCUGACUUACAACCUGUUAGUACUCAAUCAGAUUACUGUAUAAUUGGCCCAUCUUCAAAAAGUUGCAAAUUGUCAAAAGUAAGUUCUACGGAUCAAAUAUACUAUAAUUCUUAUAUUUAUAUUGGAUACAUUUCAUGGAGUUCAUGUAUGAAUUUUUGUGUGGAUUAUCAAAAAAAAAAUCCAACUCAGAAUGGGUAUGUUGCAAGUGCAAUAGUUGAUGUUUAUGGAGAUUGUCAAUGUCUGUAUGGGUUUAGUGGUCAAACAACAUCUUUCAAAUUAGGUUGUUCUUUUUUUGAGACAUUACCACCAACUGCACUUCCAAAUGUAAAAGUCAAUGAGCAUGUUUUGACCCGCAACAAUUUGCUAUCAAUAUUGACAUCUUUAGAAAAGACAUACUCUGUUUCUUUCAAGCUAAACCUCAUAUCAAUAACAUCAUUUGAAAAAAAUGUUAUUCACUUAACCAUUGGGGACAAUUAUGGGAAUUAUGGUUACAGAGUUUCUAGUGUAUGGACUAUAUCAGGAAGAUUGUACUUUCGUUCUGCAGUGAAUGGAAAUGUAAACUUUGAAAUAUACACAGAUAUACUACCACUUAAUGUGUGGUCAAAUAUUAAAAUUUCACAAAUUAAACAGAAUGGAUUAUAUAAAUAUAAAAUAUAUAUAAAUGAAAGCGUUAUUUAUAGCACUACAAAUACAAAUCCCCAAACUUUUUCAAAUGUUUAUGUUUAUGUUACAAAUCCUUGGUAUUAUGCAGCAGAUGGUUCUAUUAAAGAUCUAAAAAUUGUAAAUGAAAAUGAUUAUUUCAGUGAUAAAUGUGCAGAUGAUUGGAUAUAUAAUCAAAACCAUUGUUACUUUUUUAACAUUAUAACUACAAAUAAUUGGCAAGAUUCUUAUUCAUCAUGUCUCAAUUACGGAGGUAACUUGUUAAGUGUAUCCGAUGAAGCAGAAAAUUUGUUUAUUAAAAAUCAACUUCAAGAUGACACAAUUAAAGAUCAAAAUUUCUGGAUAGGUCUAAAUGAUCAAAGAAAUGAAAACAUAUUUGAGUGGUCAGAUAAUACAUCUGUACUAAUCUAUAAUUGGAUGCUAAAUGAGCCCAACAAUUAUAAAGAAAGUGAAGACUGUGUAAUAGCAAAUUCAGUUGGUUGGAAUGACGUUCCCUGUGAUUCACUCUACGGUUUUAUAUGUAAAGCUAAAUCAGAAACUUCAGACCCUGUUGAGCAGAAAUUGAUUAGUGGUAACUUAAAUGCAACACUAUCCUUGCUAGAUAAAACCUAUUCCGUUUCUUUUAAAUUAAAGCCCAAUUCAUAUUCACAAGGGUGGAAAAGCGUUAUUCAUUUAACAAUUGGAGGCAAUCUGGGUCAAUAUGGUGAUAGAUGCCCAGCUGUAUGGUUUCAUGGUGAUGGCUCAGGAAGGUUAUAUAUUUCUGCAGCUGUCAAUGGAAAUAAAGAUUAUACUUUUACAACCCAGCCUCUGCCCCUAAAUCAGUGGUCAAGUUUACGAAUAUCACAGUUUCAAACAAAUGGAAUUUAUAUGUAUACAAUAUAUUUAAAUGAGUUACUUGUUCAUAGCGUUAUAAAUAAAAAGCCACAAUCUUUUUCUAAUGUUAAAGUCUAUACUGCAGAUCCAUGGUAUGAUGCACAAGAUGGCUUCAUUAAAGAUCUCAAAAUUAUAACUGGAUUUAGUGGAGUCUGGAUUCCAAUGAUGACUCGCUUUGCCAGUUGGGAAUCAAGUUUUUGGAGUAAAAGCUACGAUGCUUACGAAAACGGUUUUGGCCUGUUCAACCAACAAUGGAUUGGUUUAAAAAAGAUUUAUCAAAUAACCAACACAUUUUUUACUGAUAUGAGAGUUGAUUACAUUUUUGAAGAAAGUAUAACAUUAAGUACGAUGUAUUAUAAUGUAAUAAUUGGCUCAAGUGAAGAUAACUACGUGUUUAAUUACGAAAAGUACGACCCAAGAGGCUCAUUUGAACCAGAUCGAUUUAACGCAAAUGGUACGACAUUUAAAAGUUGUAGUAUGUGGUGGACAACUAGUUGCGAUAUAAGUGCAUCUCCAACUUCGUUAUAUAAUAUAUCAUAUGGAUUAACUGAAAAUUUGGUUGCCAUAUAUUUCUCUUUACGUACGAAAGAAAUCAAGGAAAAGCCUUUUAAAUAAAAAUGGAGUUUUUUUUUUAUAUAUUACUAUAAUUUGUAUUUUUUACUGUUGAAACUUAUGUCAAUAUAUUAUAAGAAUUUAUUAUAUAAAAUAUGAAGUUAACCUCAAUAAUUAAGCUGCAUUUUCGUACAAAUUA